UUAUUGUCUUGUUUACUGCCUGAAAUAUUUUGUGGCCCUGACUUCCAAUCAGAGGAUCACAGUUUCCGUGACGUCCACCGGAAAACAGAGGACGCAAACGCAGCACGUAAAACAAAACAGAUGAUGCCCACACAAAUCGGCGACAGAGGACGUCAAGUCGUCGAAAGUAGCCACCAGUGCUCCCAGGCGGAGUGGAGUCAUAUUUGUAAAAGACUGAAAAUUACGAACAGCGACUCACCUAGACGGCCCUAGUUAGUUAGCUCCAAUAUCAACUCAGUUAACGUUAUUCCGUCAAUCCAAAAAACGUUUCAAGAAAAACCGACGUUUCUCAGAUUAAAGGUCAGCUCUCCCGGCAGCAGACAUCACUAUGGCCCAGGAAACCAAUCAGAGCCCAGUUCCUAUGCUCUGUGCUAAUGGCUGUGGUUUCUAUGGCAACCCUAGGACUAAUGGCAUGUGCUCCGUGUGCCACAAGGAGCACCUGUCAAGGCAGAACAAUGGAGGAGUCGGUUCUAUGAGUGUUAUGGGCAGCGGCAGUGGCCCCACAGUCGAGGCUUCUGCCAUCCAGAGGUUAGGGGCCACCUUGAAUAAUGCUGCAGCGGCUGCCGUGGCUGCUGCAGAGGUGGCAGCUGAGGCCGCAGCUUCUGCUGAGGCUGCUGCCUCCGUGGCUUUCAGUGGGGUUUCAACUACCAUGUCUGUAACACAGCAGAUGACUGAGAUGAGCCUCUGCUGUGAGGAGAAAGGGGCAUCAGGGAGCAACGUGGAGCUCACAGAGCCAGUGUUGACUCAGCCCACAUUCUCAGCCUCUCAUCCCUCCACGGCUGGCAGCAGGGAGUCCAAAACCCCGGAGCCCCUAAAACCCAAGAAGAAUCGCUGCUUUAUGUGCCGCAAAAAGGUUGGCCUUACAGAACGUCCUUGCAUAAAAGAUCCCGCAAAAGGCAUCAGUUUCGACUGCCGCUGUGGGAAUCUGUUCUGUGGACUUCACCGUUACUCCGAUAAGCACAACUGUCCGUACGACUACAAAGCUGAAGCUGCUGACAAGAUUCGCAAAGAGAACCCUGUGGUUGUUGCCGACAAGAUCCAGAGAAUAUGAAGAGGAUUCUGUUUUACUUUUGAACACUGGGAGCAAUCGGCUUUAAAAGAAAAG